UUUGGAAAAAUUUUAUAUCUUACAAAUGUACUCGACUUGUGCUCUAUUAGCAUUUAAAAAUAAUAAUAAAAUUAUUAGUUUUUUGUCGACUACUUUUCACAUGUUAGUACACUAAAUAAACAUAUUCAAAUUACAAAAAUAAGAAUAAAUAUCUUAAAUUCGUAAAAAUAGUUUGAUGGUGAAUCAAAAUUUUGAAAUUAGAAAUAUUCGUCAAUAGAACAUGUAUUAAGAACGUAUUUUGAAUCAUUAUUACGGAGUUAAUAUUCAAGGUUAGUAUUUUAUUUUAUUAUUAUCGUGAUAGAAAGAUAAUUUUUUAAUCCAACCCUGUUUUUUGCCAUUUUAUAAGUGGAAUUAUAAUUUUAUUUAAAUUUUUUUUCCGUUUAUAUACUGUCGAUAUCAUGUAAUAAUAGAAACAGUACAAUAAAUAAUUUAUUUUAAUUGAAUGCCAUUUCACGUUUGCUGGUAAAUAUUAAUUUAGUUUUAAAAUAUUUUCUAUUAAAAUCGUAAUUUAACCUUAAACUUUCCAGUAAUCAACUUUAUUAAUAGUUUUGACUUUGAUUAACCUUGGGAUUUCCAGUACAAAUAUAGUAUGGCUCGAGUAGGGCAAUCCGGUGACCAUGACAAAUACUUACCAUUACCUAAAGGCUUCGCUACUGCUGCCAUCCAUCAUCACCAAGAAGCUGAACAAUGGAAUUCAAUGGCGGUAGUAACCCCCAUUGUAACAUCUACGACUUUCAAACAAUACGGGCCUGCUAACUUCAAAAAAUACGAAUAUGGUAGAUCGGGUAAUCCUACUAGAGAAGUAUUAGAAAAUCUAUUGGCUAAAUUAGAUGGCGUUAAUUACGGAUUAACUUUUUCUUCGGGUCUUGGAGCUUUGACUGUUCUAGCAGGACUUUUCGAGAGCGGAGACAAUUUCAUAAUCGGAGAUGACGUAUAUGGAGGCACUAAUCGUUUAUUUAAUAAAGUUUUUUCUAAAUUCAACAUAGAAAUAACCCUAGUGGAUUUGGUGGAUUUGAAAAAUCUCGAGAACGCAAUCAAACCAAACACGAAAUUGAUUUGGCUGGAAACUCCGACUAAUCCCACGUUGAAGGUGAUCGAUAUCAAAAAGGCUUCAGAAAUUGCUAAACGGAAUAAUAUUUUACUGGCAGUGGAUAAUACGUUCUUAACUCCAUAUUUACAAAGACCUAUAGAAUUAGGAGCUGAUUUGGCCGUUUAUUCUCUCACCAAAUAUAUGAAUGGGCAUUCUGACGUUAUUAUGGGCUCAAUGGUAACAAAUGAUAAAGAACUUUAUGAUAAAUUGAAAUAUUUACAAAACGCUAUGGGUGUCGUUCCAGCUCCUUUCGAUUGUUAUCAAGUUACAAGGAGUCUGAAAACGUUGGCGUUGAGGAUGCAACAACACAAAUUCAACGGAAUAACGGUAGCCGAAUAUCUAGAAGCCCAUCCUAUGGUAGAGAAAGUAUUACAUCCAGGCCUCGAGUCCCAUCCUCAGCACGAGCUGUUCAAAAGACAAACCAGCGGUCACAGCGGCAUUUUUUCCUUCUACUUGAAGGGGGAUCUAAAGAAAUCAGAAACUUUUCUAUCGGCUUUGCAAGUUUUCACGCUAGCGGAAAGUUUAGGAGGGUACGAAAGCUUGGCUGAGUUACCUUCUGUAAUGACGCACGCUUCAGUAGACUCAGAUCUCAGGGCUCGAUUGGGUAUCACGGAUAAUCUAAUCAGAUUAUCCGUGGGACUGGAAGACGUAGAAGAUUUAAUCGAUGAUUUGGAACAGGCCUUCCAAAAAGUCAAACAUUCCUUUUAAUACUAAAAUCCAAAAUAUAUAUUUUUCAAAAUACACUUUAUUUGUUCAAAUAAACAAUAUACAAGAAAAAAAAAACGAUGAAAUUUGAUUGAAUCGAAAUUAAAAGUUACUAGAACCGCAAAUAUUUUUGAUACCGUUGAUAAUUCGUUCGCAGAUUUCUUUAUCCAACGUUCCCACUUUAGCCAAAUGCAUCCGAACGCUGGUAAUGUACUAGAAUACAAAACGGAUGUUAACUACUCCACUUUCAACGAAAAAAUAUUCGAAAAAUCUUAUAAAUACUGCGCAUGACUCACCGUCGCCGCGCUAUAAUUUUUAUCCGUGCAUAAGAUGUUAACAUUCAACGCGCAAGACGUUUUAUUACCACGUUAGACUCUUUAU